AUGGAUUUGAUGGACAGGAUUAUGUGUUUUCCUCUACCAGACUUCUUCAGUGAGGGAAAUGCUCCAGAGCAGGAGACAUUGUCAGUGCUCACCGUCCCAGCUGAAAAAAUGGGACGAAUUGUUGGAUCAGGAACAUCAAACAUUCUUGGUCCAAGUAAUCCGCUUGGACCAUUUGGAUUUAAGCUUGAACAUGCUUCGGCAGAUAAAGUUAGUGGCAGAUUUCAGGUGACACCUAAGUGUUGUCAGCCAUUUGGGACAUUGCAUGGUGUGGUGUCAGCACUCAUAGCUGAGGAUUUAGGCAGCAUGGGAGCCUACUUAGCCUCCGGGAGGCGAAAGGUAACCGGAAUAGAAGUCUGCAUUAGCCAUCUCAAGAGAGCACAAGUUGGUGACAUUGUGCAAGCUGAGGCCACUCCUCUCAAUCCUGGCACCACCAUUCAAGCAUGGGAAGUGCGGUUCUGGAAGAUUGACUCCACAAGUUCUGGGAACAAAUCUUUAUUAGCAUCAUCAAGUGUUACAGUUCUAUGCAAUACGUCAGGAAAUGCCAAAGAUGGUCAGAACAAUGUAAAGCAGGCAAAGCUAUAA